AUGUAUCAGCACUCCUCGACGAGAACUUCUGUCGACCGGCAGGAAGUCAAUCGAGUUCUCCAGCUGAAGCGCAAGCAGCGUGAAGCAAGAGCGUGCUACCCCUGCCGCCAGCGCAAAGUCAAAUGUGACAACGGCCAUCCUUGCCGGACUUGCUCCAAGCGUGGCCAUCCCGAGAUAUGCACCUAUGAUAUAGGUAGUCCGUCUCAUGGCAGGCAGAGUUCCUUGGAACGCAGCCGUUCUGUCCGUUCGAAGCAGGUCUCGCGUGAUAUUGGCAGCCCGGGACUGAAUGAUACCUCCAGUGGACUCAUCGCGGGCCCCGAGAGAAACCCAACGACAGCCACGUCGGUCACUGGGAAUGUGCACUCAUUGCAAUCCCGGGUGCUUGGGUCGGCUCAAUCCGGCGUGGUAAACAGUCCCGAGGAGACGACUGCCGCGACGGAUGAAGGAUCCAAAGAUUAUCCCAGUGUCUAUUCAGGAGAUAACUCGGUGGUAUCCCUAUUACGUUCUCGAGCGCAAGACCCCAAUGAGUCAAUGGCAAGGGAAGCAAGAUCGGUUCUGGGGUUGCAGAAUACGUGCUGCAGCUAUCCAUUCAUGGAUUUGAGAACAAAACAAGACCGCUGGAUGGCGCUAUUGAAAGUCCUUCCUCAGAAGGAAGAGGUAUCAAGAUAUUUUCAUUUUUACCGCAUCAGAGCCUACCCUUUUAAUCCAAUUUUGGUGGAUAUGGAUCAUUUUGAGUCUGAGCUCUGCACGUAUCUUAAUGCCUACUCCGCCGGCGAGCUGCGGGACCAGAAGCGUAUCUCCGAGAGGUGGAAUAGUGGGAAAGCUGUAGGCUAUAUCAGUCUUCUUCUAGCAAUACUGGCCACCGGUGUUCAUUUUUCCGACGUGGAGAAUCCUACGCGCUCGGAGCUAUGCCAAGAUUUGGCGCGUCGGUGCUUUCAAGCACUCCGCCUGUCUAAUUUCCUCUUUCGACCGUCUCUAGACACUAUCCAGGCUCUUCUUAUUCUCGGAAAUACUCUGCAGAACAGCGGACAAUCAGAUGCAGCUUGGGCUUUGCUGGGGACGACAGUCCGUUUAGCGCAAACUUUAGGUCUGCAUACGGAGAGGAGCGUUUCCCACUGGCCUGAUUCUUUGAAACCAAAAGCGAAAUCCCUAUGGUUGAAUAUUGCUUGGCAAGACUGCCUUCUCAGUCUUUGCUAUGACCGGCCUUGUAUUGUUUCGCUGAGUGGCUGGAUGCUAGAUGCUGAGUUUGCAUCUCGCUGGGACCUCUCUUAUACGGACAUAAUGCACUAUCUAUGUCGAUAUGGUCUAGAAAUUACGAAGGAAAAAUCACCAGGUGAGAAUGAGACAUCUGACGCCAUAGACGCAUUGAGGAGCCUGGAUAAUAUAUACGGCCGAGCGCAGCGUCAUCUUCAAGAUCGCGGGAACUGCAGAACUCUCCAGCAGCAUCUAGAGCACCUAGCACUGAGGAUGCAUUUUUCCUUCGCAGUAUCGGUGUUUUGUCGACCCGCUAUCAGAAAGUCACAGUCAGUUCUUCUCAACCCGCAUGGUGAUAUCCUCCGUAAGAGGGCAAGGGAGGGCUUAAUAAAUGCGUCUGCUGCAUUUCUCGACUUUCAGGCCCUGAGCAUCGUUCCUCUCCGCACCUGGUCGAUGAUUCAUACAGCGCUCAGCUCAACGUUGCUACUGUGUCUCUGGGAGGAAACAAGAAAUGAUCCCGAGUGCUGGAACUUGCAGCAUCAGGUUAUCGAGGCGUUCACUGCCGCUGGAUUGGGAGCUGGAAUCAACGCGAGCGCAUCGUCGGAUGAUACUCUGUGGCUGUCAGAGCGACACAUCCGGACCCUUGUCGCCCUGAGAAAUGCAGUCAGCAGCGUGCCACUCGACGCGAACGCAACGUCAGGAGUUGCACACGCAUCAAAUAAAGAUGCCCAUGAAGGACGCGCCAAUAGUGCAGUGGAGUUUCGACAGGAUACAUUUCCUCCAACAUUUGAAUAUGGUCCGGAACAUGUCUCGUUCAUAGACGCAUUCAACCAAAAUAAUCUAUCUCCGGUUACGUAUCUCGAUUGGAUUAUGAAUGUGCCUUCUUUUGACUUUACGGUUGAAGAUCAAUUCCCUUAG